AGGUUUCGCCCCACUGUGCGGCGGUGAAAGUCGCCAAACGACAUUUGUACACGGUGACCAAAGGAAGGGUGCUUACGUUCGAGGAGUGCAGUACAUUAUUAUCCCAGAUUGAAGCUAUAAUGAAUUCGAGGCCCCUCAUGCCGUUAUCUAGCGAUCCAAACGACUUGUCGGUCUUGACCCCCGCACAGUUUUUGAUAGGCGAUUCUCUUAUACAGCCUGCUCAACAUGAUUAUACUGAGAUUUCAGAGAAUCGUCUCACCCAUUGGCAGAAUCGGCAGCGAUUGCUUCAGCAGUUCUGGGUCCGCUUUCACAAGGAAUACCUGAACGAGUUGCAGCCGAGAACAAAGUGGACGGCUUCAGGAGACAACAUCGAGUUGAAUACUGUGGUUCUGAUAAAGGAAGACCACACCCCACCACUACAAUGGGCUCUGGGAAGAGUCACAGCUUUGCAUCCUGGACAAGACGGCGUGGUGAGAGUAGUAACCGUCAAGACACAGAGCGGUGAAUUUAAAAGACCCGUCAAAAAACUUUGCCCAUUACCACGCGAAGAUGUAACCGAAUAA